AUGGUGGAGGUCUCUGUAAACACGCAAGGUCCCUACACCUACGUGACUGUGCAGUACCCGGUCGUGCCCCCCUACCUUGUUGUUAACCGUACAGACAGACCACUGGAGCUGUAUAACACGCAAUGCCGUCUUCUCGCUCAGGUCAGGCCAGGAUGUAUGCAGCCUUUUAUCCCGGAUGUGCGUAACAGCAAUAGUCGUACACGCGUUUGUUUUGCAACGACACCUGUUGAUGAUGCACCUUUCGCUCCUGCUUCCACUACUACUGGCACUACGGCUGGGGCUGGGAGCAUCGUGGGGGUGGUCGAAAAGGGUGCGGAAAAGACCCCACAAACAUUUGUGGAGUUCAAUUUCCAACAAUCCAUGGCGCCUCAGGAGGCUUCCAACCCACUAGGCAUUGGAUAUACACUCAGCCUUGGGCCGUUUGCUCAGCAGAUUGUGGAGAUUACGUCCACCGCAGCUGGUGUGGAGCGGGCACUGCACACCUACCAGCCAUCACCGCCAUCUCCACUUGACGUCGUGAUGAACCUUGGCCGGUUCACGGUUUCUGUGGUGAUGGCUGACAGAGAUUUGCUUUUUGGGGCCGUUGUGGACGCGCGUGUGCACUUUAACCGACAGGGCACGAAGGAGGUAGUAGACUUCUCCGUCAAAAAUUUUCAGCUGGACAACCAAACCGAGGCCAAACCCAUCUUUGAGGUGACGGUGGUCGCUAUUCGCAGCUCACCGGAGGUAGCGUGCUUCUCUGGACAUGUGGAACGCACCCUCGUGCCUGCCAAGGCAGUUGUUCACUUGGAUGAGGUCCGCCUGGACGUUGUUCCUCUGGCGCUGCGUAUCUCUGACAAUGUGCUUGUCGCCCUUGUGGCCUUCAGGGCACAACUGAGCACGGAGGCACCACUGCGACACGCCUCCCCCACGGCGGAGGAGUUGUUUGACACGGCCCCGCUGAGCGUGGGUGCCAUGAACACGCGUGUGAUUCUGGAGCGUAUGGUGGUGAAUCCCCUUGUGGUACGACUCUGGUUCGAGCGGGAGGUGGAUGGCCAUGACUUUAUACGCGAACACAUGCAAGUUCGCACCGCCGCACUGGUAUCUAUGCUGGUUCGCUCCUGUGAGGAUGUGCGGAUUGCCAUGCCUGGUAUCGCAGUGCAAAAACGCUCUUCCAGCGCAGACCUGAUGCUGAAGUGGAUGGCUCAGGCUUACCUUGACGGUAUUCGCGAGGAGAUUCGUGGACUUCUCUUUCAAUACGCCUCGUCCUUGCCGCUGCUCGGCGUGCCCAUCAAACUCGUGUCGGGGAUUGGUUGUGGGGCCAUGAAAUUUUUCCAGGAACCUAUCGCAGGCCUCUCGACAUCCCCCAAGGCUUUUGCUAUGGGCUUCGCCAGUGGCUCCUCGGCUCUUGUGACAGAAGUUGUAGGCGGGGGCCUGGGCGCCGUCUCAAACCUUGCGAAGGCGGGAGCAGACCUCAUGGGCGUCGCCUCAGGCGGACGACAGCGCAAACGAACGGGUCUUCUGCAAGGCAUAGCCAGCGGUGUCACGGGGGUGUUGACAAAGCCGAUGGAGGGCGCCGCGGAGUCUGGCGCCACGGGACUUGUGCGUGGAGUUGGCAUGGGGCUGCUCGGCGUCGUCGCGAACCCGGUGGCAGGUUUAUUGUCGGAUGUCUCGAAGGUCACCGGGGCCGUGGCGCAGCUAUGCGACGACAGCUACCUCCCGGAGGUUCGUCGCAUGCGCAAGCUGCGGGACUUCCACGCGAUGGGCGCGGUGGCGGAGUAUGGCUCGGUGAUUUCCCUCUUUGAGUACGAGCGGGGUGAACACAACGGUGUGCGAUGGAAGGGUGACACUUUUAUUCCUACCGACGGCCCGCGCUGGUACCCAAGCACGAAGGAGGAGGCCCAACACACGUUUAAUUUGCCCGCAGUCGCGUGGAGGCUGGCGUUGUACGACACUAGCUUUGAGGGCUGGCGCUUCUGCGCGAGGUACUACGGAAUAUACACACGGGAGCAGGCCCCAACGGCGCGGGUGCGGCGACGACGGUGGGUGGCGGUGCUUCGACCACCGCCUACGUCGCGUGUGGCGCGGCUCGUGCAACAGGUGGUCCCCGUCGUGUCCUCCGGUGUGUGUGGUAGUGGCGCUGGAGAGGAGAAUAAUUCCGGUGGAGAUGCGGCGACAACCCCCGCGGCCGCCGCAAAGGUGGCGCCUGAGCAUGGCUCUCCCGCCUUGGAGAUCGCGGUCCCCGAAGACGCAUCAACAACAACAGCAGUGCAGCCGCCGGCGUCGUUUGUCAGUCAAGAGGUGGUGGAGAUUUACGAGUACGAGUCCAAGGUGCCGAUACUUGGCUGGGGCCACCGCUUUCUUCCGGCAGGCUGCUCGCGGUGGCAGUACCGCGACGGUCGCGUGGCUCCGCGCAAGUCGGAGUUUCAGCUGCGCCAGGGCUGGGUGUGGUCCUCGGCCUGGAAGACCGCCAGCAUCGCCGGUGACGAGUGGGAGUACGUGCAGGUGGGGAGCAAAUCAUCCUCGCCGACGCUGCGACGCCGCUGCUGGCGCCGCACUGCCCGCAGGAUGCAGUAA